AGUUCACACGAUUUCCCAUUUUUAAGGGAAGUGUGACAUUAUAAGAAAACGAAUCAAUGAAUGAAUAUACCAACUAUAAUAUACUCUUCAUGAUUCAUCUCUCACUCUUUAUUUUUCAAUAGCCUACAAUAACUGGUUUCUACUUCUUCACUGUCACAACAAGAAAAAAGAAGAUAAGUUGCUUGCAGUACAGGGAAAUGCUUUGGAAUCUCUCUCACUUUAAUUGCUGCUCAUUCUCUUUUCUGUUGGAAUAUCUACAUUCAUAGUUUUGAUUGAAGAGAAAUUUGAUUUUAUUGGGAAACCAGUAUGGGGUUUGAUAAUCCAAGAUCUGAGAGGUUUGAAGAUGAUUCUGAUAUUUCAAAAACUCCAACAACAAAUGGUGUUAAAGUGAAAUACCACAUUGAUGGAUCACAAAUACCAGAACCAAGUUCAAGAAAGUCUCAAAAAAAGGUUACCAGAAACAAGUUUUUGAAAACAAGAGUGUUAUCAAGAGUAUUCUCAGAGGAUUAUGAAAGAGUAAAAAAGAGAGUAUUAGUGUUAGAUCCUAGGGGACAAGUAAUUCAUCGUUGGAACAAGAUAUUUCUGGUAGCGUGUUUAGUUUCUUUGUUUGUGGAUCCUCUUUUCUUUUAUUUGCCUGUAGUUAGAGAAGAAGUUUGCAUCGAUAUUGGUAAAAAUCUCGAAGUUGUCCUCACAGUUGUUAGAUCAGUUGGGGAUUUGUUUUACAUGAUUCAGAUUUUCAUGAAGUUUCGUACCGCGUAUGUUGCUCCUUCGUCCAAGGUUUUCGGUAGAGGAGAACUUGUUCUUACCUAUUCGAAGAUCGCUGUUAGGUACUUCAGCAAGGGUUUUUGGUUAGACUUUAUUGCUGCAUUGCCUCUUCCUCAGGUGUUGAUUUGGAUUAUCAUCCCAACGCUUAGGGGUUCGACAAUGGCGAACACGAAAAACGUCCUUCGUUUUUUCAUCAUUUUCCAAUAUAUUCCAAGACUAUAUUUGAUUUUUCCACUUUCGUCGCAAAUUGUAAAAGCUACCGGGGUUGUGACAGAAACAGCAUGGGCAGGUGCUGCUUACAACCUCAUGCUUUACAUGUUGGCCAGCCAUAUUUUAGGAGCUUGCUGGUACCUUUUAUCGAUUGAGCGUCAAGAAGCCUGUUGGAGAAGCGUGUGCAAUAUGGAGAAACCGAAUUGUGAAUAUGGAUUCUUUGAUUGUCAUAGAGUUAAAGAUGCUUUGAGGGUCAAUUGGUUUGUGUCUAGUAAUGUCACAAAUUUAUGUUCACCAAGUGCUGGCUCUUAUCAGUUUGGUAUAUAUGCUGAUGCCAUGACUUCCCAAGUUACAUCCUCACCAUUCUUUAAUAAGUACUUCUUUUGUCUUUGGUGGGGCUUAAGGAAUCUCAGUUCUUUAGGACAAGGCCUACUUACUAGCACUUUUAUUGGAGAAAUCAUGGUUGCCAUUGUUGUUGCAACUCUUGGAUUGGUUCUUUUUGCGUUGCUGAUUGGUAAUAUGCAGACAUACCUUCAAUCGAUAACUGUUCGCCUAGAAGAGUGGAGGGUGAAAAGAACUGAUACAGAACAAUGGAUGCAUCACAGGCAACUACCUUCAGAACUAAGAGAGUCUAUUCGGAAAUAUAAUCAAUAUAAAUGGGUGGCUACACGAGGAGUAGAAGAAGAAGAUCUUCUCAAAGGACUCCCAUUGGAUCUUAGGAGAGACAUCAAACGACACCUUUGUCUUGAACUAGUUCGAGGAGUUCCGUUGUUUGAUCAAAUGGAUGAGAGGAUGCUAGACGCAAUAUGCGAAAGACUAAAGCCUGCAUUAUGCACUCAAGGAACAUACCUUGUUCGCGAAGGCGAUCCAGUGAACGAAAUGCUCUUCAUAAUUAGAGGCCAUCUUGAUUCUUACACCACAAACGGAGGCCGUGACGGAUUCUUCAACUCAUGCCGUAUCGGUCCAGGUGAUUUCUGCGGCGAAGAACUAUUGACAUGGGCCUUAGAUCCAAGACCAAGUGUGAUACUCCCUUCAUCGACAAGAACAGUUAACGCUGUCUCAGAAGUAGAAGCGUUUGCGCUCAUAGCUGAAGAUCUUAAGUUUGUUGCAUCGCAAUUUAGAAGAUUACAUAGUAAACAGCUUAGGCAUAAGUUCAGAUUUUAUUCACACCAAUGGAGAACUUGGGCUGCUUGUUUUAUUCAAGCUGCAUGGAGAAGGCACAAGAAAAGAAAAGAAGCUGCUGAAUUGAGGGCUAAGGAGAAUCUUAUGGUAGCUUCAGAGACUGAGAGAGCAAAAAAAUAUGGAACAGGUUUUGUUGUUUAUGAAACAAGGGUGGCAAGGAGUACUAGGAAAGGUGUGCAUUUGCAGAAGCCAACAGAACCUGAUUUUUCUGAUGAAUAAUAAUGAAUGUACAUUGUUAUUUUAUAGUCUCUUAAUUGUCUAAUUUGUUUGUUUUGGAUCAUAUUUUGUUGAUAUGAAUUAGAGAUAGGAAUUGUUGUAACAAGUUGAGCAACUAUGUUUAGUUACUAGAGUGCAUGCACUUUGUGCUAAGAUGGACUGAAGUUUCUCCAUCCACUCUAAAAAUGCAGAGUUUAUCGAAAAGCUCUUUCGAUAGUAUAUUUAUAUCAAAAAUCACUCUUCGAAGGAUUUUCGAAA